AUGAUCCCGCGAUCCUUUCUGCGCGUACGAACGCUGUUGGCAGCUUUGACAGUCGCUGCUUUUCUACUCUGGGCAAUAUUGGCCCAGUUCAAAGCCUACAUCCCCAAUCUCUCAUCUCAGGCCACCACUUCAGACCUGACACCGUCACAUCGCCAAUUUUGGCAGGAAUUCCACUCGCUGCUAGAGAAAUAUACGCCAGACACAGAUCCUAUUGUCGAAUAUGAAAGGGCCUCCACACAAGGCUUCAAUUCCCACAGUCCAUCACCGCGUCCAGACAUCCUCGACGUUCCGGAGCGAGACAUUAUCACCAUCAAAGAAGUACAUGCCGAAUUCAUCAAUGCAAUCACCGACUCCCCGCCCGAGCUCCCCUAUGACCCCGGCACGAAAGGCAUAGUCUCAACAGCAGGGGGCACCUACCUCCCAGUGCUAGUGAUAUCCCUCCGUAUGCUCCGCCGGACCGGCUCCACCCUCCCAGUGGAAGUCUUCCUAUCCGACGAAGAAGAGUACGAAGGCUAUAUAUGCGAGGUAGUCCUACCAUCCCUAAACGCGCGAUGCGUAGUUCUAUCCCGCGUUCUCAUCGCUGCCCCAGCACAAAUCCAGAAAUACCAAUUCAAGCCGUUCGCAAUGCUCUUCUCGUCCUUUGAGGAAAUCCUCUUCCUGGACGCAGACGCCUUCCCCCUCAAGAAACCAGAACAUCUCUUCACGACCGAGCCCUUCCUCGCAAACGGAAUGGUUACCUGGCCCGACUUCUGGGCCUCCUCUGUCUCCCCAUUCUUCUACGAAAUCGCGAACUACCCGCCCCCACCAAUGGACCUACGCCAAUCAACAGAAUCGGGCGAAGUAGUCCUCUCCAAAAAGUCACAUUUCCGCUCCCUCCUCCUAACAACUUACUACAACUACCACGGGCCUUCACACUACUACCCUCUUCUCUCACAAGGCGCCGCCGGCGAAGGCGACAAGGAGACCUUUAUCGCAGCUGCAACAGCCAUGAAUGAAUCCUUCUACCAAGUCAGCGAGUCAAUCUGUGCCCUCGGCCACGAAACACGUGGCGGCAUAGCCGGCUCCGCGAUGGCGCAGUUUGAUCCAGUGCAGGACUUCGCACUGACUAGCCGCGGUGUAUGGCGUGUUAGAGGCGAUCAUGCACCCGCGCCAGACGUCUUCUUCAUCCACGCCAACUUUCCCAAGUUCAACCCUGCUACGAUCUUCGAUCUCCAUGAGGUAAACCCUGCGUUUACGGAUGAGGGUGAUUAUACGCGGGCCUGGACGUUGCCGGUGGAUGUUGUACACGAGUUUAAUAGCAAGGUUGAUGUCGAGAAGGGAUUUUGGGAGGAGAUUCGUUGGACGGCUUGUGAGCUUGAGGAUAAGUUUCAAAGUUGGGUUGAGUAUGAGGGGAUUUGUGACGCAGCCAAGGAGUACUGCAGUGCUGUCUUUGGGGUGGAUUGA